CCUGGGCAUUGCAGCCGUGACGGCCCUUUGAUUGCGCGCGCAGCAGCGUCCCUGCUCGCCUAUUCGCAAGUCGCUUCCGGCUUCUUUUCGCUUGGCCGUUUUGGUCACGAUUGACGGUGCGGUUUGCGCCCUUUGCGAAUUUAACGCCAGCGCAUUCGUCCGGUCUUUUUUGGCUCUCCCCGCACGACCGUCCCGCCCGGCCCUCUGAAACUCGGAGAGGUCGCUGACCGCAGCCCAAGACCCGUGGAUACCCCCUUCCCCAGAAUCAGCACCUCGCAGUAGCAGGAGCAGCAACAACAGCCGUCUUCUGACCGCUGACCGCCCGCACACAGCAGCAGCAGCAGCAUCAUCAUCUCAUCUAAUCCUGCCACCGGCGCAAGUAUGCCGUCCAGGAUCCAUUGGUCUGGCAAGAACAACCGCUCUCAGCACAACUUGGUGGGGUCGACAGUUGCCGAAGACCCUGUUUCUUCGGUGCCCGCAUCAGCUGCUGGUGCGAACCCCCCGAGUGUAGCAGGUGCGGGUGCGGGCGCUGCAAACCCCCCUUCAGCCUCGCCCAACCCGGCCUUCAGCUCCAGUGAAUCCUUUCAGCCCGACACCACCGCCGGCCGGGGUAAUCACGCACAACAACCCCCUCCUCCGCAGUCACACCUCGUCAAUAUCUACGGCACCACCAGCACUGCUGCCGGCGCCAAUCCCGCGACCAUCCCACCGCAGCUGCAGCACUCGAAUAGCGUUUCGAGUGCUUUUGACGCCCGCCAAAGGGAGCAGCAGGAGUUUGCCGACCAAGUGACGCGCUCUCAAUCGUACCGCUACACACAGCCGUCCCCCACCUCGACCCAACUACUGCUCCAGCAGCAGCACCAACAGCACCAGCAGCACUUGCACCAGCAACAGCAGCAGCAACAACAACAGCAGCAACAACAACAACAACAACAACCACACCAACAACAACAGCAACAAACUCAAUCAUCGCCAGGACCUUCCGUUGAGGACCUUACUACUUCUCCUGGUCACCCAAACAUCGUGUCGCCCAUUCUUGCUGCACCUCCACCUCUCUACAACCAGCAGCAACAACCCCAAGCUCAGCCCCCAAAACCGAAACAGUCCACUCGCAGGUUGAUCAAAAACAUACUCAAUCCUAGAGGCCAGGAUUUCGCACCCCCGUCGCAGAAUAACCAAUACGGCAACAGUGUAGGCCCAACUCGCCGGAACUCGAAGCGCGUGAGCCUUCCUCCGCCGUACCCCCCAUCCAUCCGCACUGGUGUUUCCCAGGUCUCGCUGGAUCAACAACAGCAACUCGAGUGGCAAAACCAGGGUCCUCCGACACAGCCGUCCCCUCUGCAAGGUGUAGGAGAUUUCCACGAGUCGUACGUAAUUGAGGAUUCUGACCAAGCGCUGCGCCCGCAGAAUUCACAGGACAAUCAGCAUCCCACCAUCCGGCCUGUUCCUUCCUCGGACGCGGAGACGGCUCCCUAUCCUACUGAGGAUACCGCAUAUCGCCAGCACCGAGGACACGUCUCGUCGCAGAGCCAGGUACCCCUCGGGCUGCAACAUCAGCAGUACGGCCAGGCCGUCUUCGAACCUGGUCCGCACCAACAGCAACAGCCGCAGCAGUACCAGUUCCCGGACCAGCAUCAGCAAGCCCAGUACCAGGGCGGCAACCAGCAGGGUUUCUCGGGACACCUCGUCGCCAAUCCGCAGCAGCAAAACCCCGAGACGGUGUCGCAGCUGUCGCAUGAAUCGCCCAUUACCGACUCGGACCAACCUUCUACUAACAGCAUUCCGGCACCCGCGGUGCAGACGUCAACCGCGGUAAACUACCCGCCGCAGACACAGGAUCUUCCCGGCCGGCAGAACCCACCACCGGCUGCCCAAGCUCAGACCCCGCAGCAACAGACCAUGGCCCCACCAUCCGGUGCGCCGCCCCCGGCACGGAGAUCGCAGGAGACGGAGAAGAUGCGCGACCAAGCCCAGCCGCCACCCGGGCCACCGCCUAGCUACCGGCAAAGUCAGCAGCCGCCCGGCAUGAACCCGCUACCGCAGCCCCCGAAUGCGGCGGGGCCGCCGAACCCGAAUUUCCGCGCGAGCAAUGUACCGGACAGGCAGCAAUUCGAAGGUCAAGGGGAGCCUCAAGGGCGCAACAGCCCGCAGCCUACAUCCGACCGCGGCGGCGAAGACCCUGAAAAGGCGUUUAAGGACCUUUUGACCAAAUACAAGAAUGUCAAGCGACUUUACUUUGACGGCAAAAAGGAGAUUGAGCAAUUGAACGGCCAGGUAGAGCAGCUUCAGAACGCUAUUGCCAACCAGCGUAUGUCGCAGAGCCGGACGUCGCUUGACGACAGCGAGUACGCGACACGUUUCAACCGCCUCAACGGCGCCAUUAACAACCUAUCUUUCAAUAUCCGCAAGGAUUGGUCCAGCGUACCAGCGUGGCUCGCUCCGUUUGUGAGUGCCGACGCGCUUAAGACGGGCAAGCAAGAGAUGACGGCCAUUGGCCGGGCUGUUAUCACGCGCUGGAUCGUAGACGAGAUAUUUAACAGCUGCUUUCACCCGGGCUUGGAUCCGGAGCUCAGCAGACAGCUCAAGGUUAUCGAGCUUAACAUCAGGAACUUUAGCUAUACCAUGAACAGCCAGGAGGAAUUCGAUGCCCUGACCAGCAAGGUGGUGAGCUGGCGCAUGGCGACGCUCGAGGGCCUGAAGGACGUGCUCAGCAGCCCGGAGAGCGCCAACCACAGGAACGACUUUACGCGCCGCGCUACCACUAACCUGACGGCGUCGCUCUUCCAGCACCUGACUGACCCCCCGCCCGCGGGCGUCGAUGGCAGCGCUAGCAUGAUUGUCGAGCUCGCCGUCGGCAUCGCCAGCAACAUGCCGCUCGAGAGCCGUGACGUGGCCGUUGUAUACCCCUUGCCGGAGCAACCCAUCCAGUUGGAGCUGAUGGAAGUGGAGAAGACGGGCCUGCCGGCACUCGAGGCGCGGCCUUUGGACGCGGGCGAGGAGGGUGCCGCAGAGGACGCGAGCGGCAGUGCCGCCGGGGCUGGGGGUAAAGAAGGGCCCGCCAAGGACGGCGCCAAGGACCGGCGUGGCGACAAGAGAACGGCUCCCCUACCGCCCAAGGACUCGGGUAAGGUGCGUUUUGCCGGCUUCGUCGCCGUGGAGGUGCGCGGCCGGCAGGUGCUGGUCAAGGCGCCCGUGUGGACGCUGGGGUAAUGCGUCGAGGGGCUUGGCGCGGUAUGAGAAUGAAUGGCAGGGCGAGCGAAGAGCGGGCAGCAAGGGCUGGGAACAGAAACACGCGGGUUGAGAAGCCCGACGGCUACCAUGUGAAUAAAACGGAGCGCGUGAUGGUACAGAGGGUGAGCCACGGCUGGGGCGACAGAGAUGCACACAAAGGGGCGCCUGUAGACGGAUGGGAAGGGGGGAGGGCUGAGAUUGGAGCGAGCCCGUGGUUCCCUCGCUUUUACUGACGACUCGGAUGACUUGCCUCCUGCGACGGAGGACGGAUUUAAUUUCUUGUCCAUGCUAUGCAUGUCUAUAUAC